AUGGAUCCCGAUAAUAGAAAUGAAUCUCAAACUUCCCAGAAAAACGUUGUCUUAGCUGAAGUUAUAAUUGAUGGCGUUCUUGAUCCCUUCAAUAGAAAUCGAAAUUCAGAAAACGCAGAAACCUCCCAACCAGCACAAUUUUCUGUUGAGCUAUUUACCGGUUCACCACCACCACCAGCUUCCUUGAGGAAGUAUAUUGUUAUUGUUAUUCCUAACUUUCCAAAGACUAAAGAAAAUUUGAUUGAAAUGCGUCCUUGGAGUACUACAGAAGCUGCCUAUCUUUUAAAGCUCAAUGAAAAACAUGGCCGUGAUUGGAAAAUUAUAUCUGAAUUACUUGGACGAACUCAGAAAGACUGUUACAACAAGUAA